AUGAGUUUGCCCACUGCGGACUACCGGUACCAUGCCCUUUCAGCGACCGAUUCCAUCCGCCUCUUGACCCUCUCGCGAGACGAGUCCCAGCCUCAUGGCAUGCUCUUGUCCCUCGCCGAGGCGCACUUGAGCGACCGGCCAGAGUUCGUCGCGCUCUCCUACACAUGGCGUCUGCCAGAGUACGCCGACGCCCGAGACAGAAGCGACCCGGGGGAGGAGGGCCGGACGUUCGAGGUCGCCUGCGACGGCCGGCUGAUGCGCAUCUCGGAGAACCUGUUCAGCUUCCUCGGCAGCGCGCUCGCUGUCCGCGGCGCGGGCGCCAAGAAGAAGACGACGGCGACGACGGUGUCUUCGUCGUCGUCGUCGUCGUCGUCGACGGGGUUGACUUCCCUGACCGCCGAGCUCCUGAACGGGCUCCCGAUGUGGAUCGACGCAUUCUGCGUCGACCAGGGGAACAACAGCGAGAGGCAGCACCAGGUUCUCCUCAUGCACAGAAUCUACAGCUCGGCCCGGAACGUCGUCAUCUGGAUGGGUCCGUCGGAGCCGGAGGCGGACUUCCUGUGGAUCCACGACAGGUUCAUCCCCCGGCUGGCCAGGCUGACCCGGGAGAAGCCGGAGUUCGUCGCCCAGCACCUGAAGAAGGACCCGCUGUGCCUGUCGGCCGAGGUGGCUCUCGAAAUCGGUCUCGAUACCUGCAGCCGGUGGACCACUGCGUGGCCCCUGUUGGUCCGGUUCUUCAGGCGCCGCCGCUGGUUCGACCGGGGCUGGGUGGUCCAGGAGGUCACCAUGGCGGACCCGGCCCGCGCGCUCGUGCUGUGCGGAACGACGGCCUUGUCCUGGAGGCGGCUUGCGGCGCUGUCCCAGUUUCUGCACCAGUCCAACUGGGGCGUGCUGCUGACGAGGCACCUCGUCUACCCUCUCGUCGCGGCGGCGAGGUCCGGUUUCCCGUUGUCUUCAACCCUUGACUUCUCCAUCUCAGCCGAAGUCUUACUCGGCGCCAGGGCGAACACGCAGGAGAGGCUCCUCGACAUCGGCGACAAGAUACGCCAAAUCAGUCUGAUCCGCCCGGUGCUGACCAACACAGCCGGCCGGACCAGCGUGGUCGACAGCGCCGGCAAGUGGCACCGCGACGCCGAAACCGCAUGGUUCAUGUGCGCCAGUCUUCUGGUCAACUUGCUCCGUUCCUCGCAAUUAGGUGAUAACCGCGAUCACCUCUACGGGUGCUUGGCUCUCUCUAGUCGAAAGCGAGACGGAACGAAACUACAAGGAGCUGCCCUCCUGGGUGCCGGACUAUUCCACGCCAGCAGUCCGACAUCCUUCAUGGGAUAA